AUGAAUGUUGUGUUUUCUGUUUAUAUUUUACCCCCUGCCAUGGCUGCAUACCUUAGGAUGGUGGGGGUUGUACAACUUCGACUGCACAAUGACAAGGGGAACACUUGGAUUGUUGUCGCCGGUCUAAAUGCCGGAAGCGCCAUCUUCCAACACUACCCUGCCUCCGCACGUCGUCAACACGUUCGGUUUCAGCCCACGCUUCCGACGUCCCCACCUCCGUUGAACACAUUUUGCCUCCGCCACCGGCACCAUCGACACACCAGACAUUCGUUGAUGGACAAUUUAAAUGGUGAUGAUUCUGAGCCCAACUCUACGACAGAUUCGAGACAUUCUGAUAAUGAUGCUCGUAAAAAGAAAGGUCGCAAAGGAACACGCCUUAAGCACCUUAGCCUACAAAAUGGGGAAAAGGUGAAAGUGACUUUUGAUUGUCACUUAGAGCCAGAUGGGCCAGAUGAAGUGAGUAUCAAUGAGUUCAAAAAGUAUCUCGGCGUUUUAGCUCGGACCAAAGUUAGCAUUUUAGCUAGUUGUUGGAACAAUGGAGUGUCUGACAAGAAUAAAGAGCAACUUUGGCAAGCUGUACUGCAUUUAAAAGGGACUAAAUCUCAAAUCGAUUUUGAAGUUGGGAAACCCUAUUUGAAAAGAGCCAUGACGAACAACGAUGAUGUACAACAAAUGGCGGCAGUAUUUUCGGACCAAGAUGGAACGAGCAGGACGUGUUGGUGUGCUCUCGCAUUGAACGAAAUUCAUAAGCCCUCGGUGUUCAACUCAAUAUGGACUCCACUGGCGCGAGAUCUGUCACAAUUAUUGGGAAGAUCUGUUGAAAAUCGGGCUGUUAGAGAACAAAUACAGCGGCUAAGGAACCACUACAACCUUUUCACGAAGUUUCUGCAGAGAACGCGCUCAAAAGUCCAUUCGGAAUGUGGCGAGGUUAGGGUGAACAAAUUCUAUUGGUUAUACGUGUGGCCCGAGGAAAAUCCUAUCGAACGAUUUCUCCGAACAACUGGCUUCAAGUGGCACGACGAAUGCAUGCUGGUAUUUGAAAUGAGAGAAGCGGCUAAAAUUUGUUUCAACGAUGCUAUUCAGGCGACUUUUGAUGUUCCGAGUGAUGCUGAAUCUUCAUCUGGUGUUUGAAAUGACUUGGUAGGAGGUGGAUCAUGUUGUGGGGUUCUUCUGGUUAUGUAGUCUAUGUGGUUUUUUUCUUUUCUCAUCGAAAUGUGCGUUGUUCAUUUUGGCAGACGG